UUCAAGGCUUCCACACCCUCCAACUCAUAUACUUCCAUGCCAAGCCUCUAACUGCAACCCAACUCUCCAUAUAUACACUUACCUGUCUCUUGUCUCUUGUAUACUUCGACCCCCAACUGCAUUGCUCCACUCUAUCUCUCUCUUUCUGUUAUGGUUCCUGUAACGGUCUGCCAUACCCGCCUUCAAUGAUUUAGAAUAACAAAAGUUGGCUUUCCAUAGAUUGAAAAGGUUCCAUCAAAAUGGAGAACGAAAGUAAUUCACUACAGAGUCGGCUGAUCUUGGAGUGCCAGGAGUUGUGCGACCAGUACGACCUGUGCCGUGCCCGUCUCCAUCAGCUGGCCAAGGAAGUGGAAGCGCUGCGUCAAGAGAACAGCGACCUGAGAUCGGCUAACAGAGAGCUUGUGGAGCACUUGAACAUCUUGUCUGAGGCUAGGAUGCGUGAAAACUUUCUCUGUUAUGAUUUUCGGAGACUGAGUGUUGGUGAGGGUCACGGAGUGGAUGAAGUUUGUGGGAUCAGCCCCACCAGUGUGAUCCAGCGGAAGGGCUUUCGGAGGAAUGUUGAGCACAUCCCACUGCCUAAGAGUAUAUCGGUUCGUUCCAGUUGUUAUUUGAAGAUGAAUCACUCUGGUAGAAGCAAUAAAGCAGCUUCUCCUCAGCCCCUCAAUAAUCCACUUGUCCAUGCAACGUGCGGACGAGAACAGCAACGCUCGCAUGUGCCAAGAGGGAGAGGCGCAGAAGAAGAAGAAGAAGAAGAAGAAGCAGUGAAAGUGGAGGUGUACAACCAGGGAAUGUUCAAAACUGAGCUAUGCAACAAGUGGCAGGAGAAGGGCACGUGUCCCUACGGCGAUCUCUGCCAGUUCGCACAUGGCAUCACCGAGCUCCGUCCCAUCAUCAGGCACCCACGCUACAAGACUGAAGUUUGUAGAAUGGUUCUCGCCGGCGCCACCUGUCCUUAUGGCCACCGCUGCCAUUUCCGCCACUCCCUUUGCCCACCUUGACUGACGCUGCCGUGGUGUCAGAAGCUCGAAGGUUGAGUAAGUUGGAAUGUAAAUAAUUCAAAACAAUAAACAACAAUAAUAAUAAUAUUUGUAAAAUAAAAUAUAAUGUAUUCCUACAUUGCUUUGCAUUUUAGGAACUGACCAACCAAACGACCAAAUUCAAUUGUAAUGAUGAUAUUUUAUGUGAGGGUGUAAGCAAUGUUGGAUUGGAGUUAGUUA